AUAUGUUACCAUAGUUAUGGACGCCAUGCAACAUGAUAACAGGCUAAUUGGUUUCCGUUUUGUAAAGAAACAACACAUAUCUUUAUUUAUUAAGUAGUUGAUCGCACAUCGAGUCAGUAAAAGGGAGAUCAAGACCAUCAUGUCAGACAAAAAAUUCAAAGGAGCACCUUUUGGGACGCAGAAAUCAAGGUUUGAUGUUGCUGGCAUUCAUCCCAAGAGUAAAACACCAGGAACCAUUACACAAGUAUUUUAUGAUAAAAAGUCCAUGGGCAACUUGAGUACAAAACUAGGACCAGGCACUUACAAUAUAGAAACAACAGGCAGCUUUUGCUCAUCUGCUGUUGCCAACAGAGCUUCUGGUCCAGGCUGGAAAAAAGCAUAUGAAACAAGCCAAAGAGCUAAAAUUCCACAUCUGCUUUACAGAGAAGAAUGGGAGAAAAAGCAGGAACAGAAACGUCUACUUGGACCUGGUUCUUAUAACAUCCCAGACUCAAUGCAAUGGGUAGAGAAAAAACCAGGUAGCACACAUGGAAUCUGCUCUACAAGGGCUACAAGAUUUAAAUCAGAACACAGUAAGACACCAGGGCCAGGAACUUAUGGUAAAGGUGGCAUUCCACAUUCUGCAAUUGAAGAGAAGCAAAGAAAAUCAGCAAGUACAGUAGGCAUGUUGGAUGCAGGAUCAUCUGGUAAAAGACAGCUCCCUGAAGUGGGUUCAGCUCUCUGUCCUGGACAGUACAAUCACAGAAGCUUCACUGAUGAAUUAUCAGAGAGAGUAAUUAGCAAACGAGGACCAUAUGAUUUGUUUACAGGAGACAGGAAUCGCCCAAUAACUGUUGGUUACUUUGCAGCUCCUAGUAAGGUUAAUCUUGGACCAGGGGAAUACCAUAUAAAGUCAUUUCUUCAAGAAUGGGAUGAUAAUCACAAACAACGUCAUGGAAAAUUUGGAAAAGUUGAUCGUGCACCAGCAAUGCCAUCUGAAAGACUAUAUUGUUGUACGCUGUCACAAUGGCCAAGAAAAUCGGAGGAGCCUGGGCCUGGUAAUUAUGACGUCAAAAACACAACCAAGCCUGAAGCGAAGCAACGGCCUGCAUUCGGAAAUUCAGCAGACAGGAUGGACAGACAUGCAAGGAAAUUCUUCCUUGGAAAUGUGAACGCAGUGGGAGCUGGACGAUAUAACAUAACGCACUGGAAAGAAUCACAGAAGGUCAAUGGAUACAAAAGUGCAUUUUCAUCGAAUACCAAGAGGUGGGACUCGGGAAGAGACAAAUACCUCAUGGAAAGAAUACGCGCAAAAGAUGUCCCUGUUAAAGACAGAGUGUUUUUGGUGCCUUGUGACUCAUAACAAAGUAAUGUUGUUUUUGAAUGGGAUUAAUUUUAGAAUAAAACGUGUUUGCUUAGUUGACGCAUAUUUACUUUUUUUAAAGCAUUCAGCAAUUUUUUUAGGUGAUGAAUUUUAUUUUUGUAUGCUGAGUAUGGAAUUUUAGUUACCUUCAGGAAUUAAUUUACGACUAAAUAAAAUGUAAAAGGAUCUUUUUAAAUAGAUAUUUAGAAGUCAUAAUGAAUUGGGGAUUGCUGAAAGUGCACGUGUAUCUUAGUCAGUUACUUUCUGUCUAUUUAGUGCUUGAAAGCUAAGUUAAGGCUCUCCUUUCGUCAAGGAUUUAUCAGAAAGUUUUUACUGGUUUCACUGUGUGUAAAGGAGCAUGACCAAAUCUUAGAAGGAAAAUAAAGUUUUUGAUCUUUAGGCAAAGUUACACUCAGAACAUUGUCCACCCAGUUAGUGCAUAUCAGGUAAUCGAUUAAAAGUAUCAGAGCGUUGCAUUGCAUUUAACUCAACAUUUAACUGCAUUUAACAAGAGUUUCGAAGCUACCUUGUC